AUGUGCUUAACAUACAGAGUAUUUUCCUUAAUAAGUCAAAAACUUCUCAAAUGGACGUCCUGUUUGAAUUUAUUAACAAACGAAGUCAAAGAAGACUAUUUGGUGGCUGUAAAAAAAGCCAUAGUGGAUUUUGUCCUGCAGGAUUCGUCAAAAGCCAAAGACAGGAUUGUCCAAUUCGAUUCGCCGGAACGUACGGAAUUAAAAAUAUUUACAAUAGAAUGGAAAGUUAGUUUUAAUAAAAAUCGUACGAAGAUUCAGAAAUGCUUGAACACGGUCAAUCCUUAUGUUGGGGAAGUUAUUAAUAUUUGGGUUAGAAAAUUCAGGGACUUUCGUCUGGUGGACACCAACUCUUUGUCCAAAUGCGGUGGUGCCUUAUCUUUGGCCAAUUUCGAAUCGGAGGUGAAAUCUCAUUUAUCCAAAGCAAGAGAUCUUAUGCUGAACGAUUGGUUGCCUUCUUUGAGAGAUCUCCUGAUGCGAAGGCAACGCAGCAGGGCCAGGGCCAGGUCCAGAUCGUCCAAACACAGAUUGCGUCCAAUAAACGACGAACGUUCCAACGAAAGUUUCUUCGACACCAUCGCCUGUGUAAUGGAAAGACAACUCCAAGAAUUGUGCCUGAACAGCGCCAGGGAUUACGCUGAUUAUGUGGCUGAUUACGGGCAAAGAAACAGAGGCAUCCAGAUCAACAUAGUCCGUCGAAAAGACGGCCUGCAUUUCGAACCGUCGUUCAAAAAAAUUCAAACAGUCUUCUUGAACACUUUCAAAUUCAUGGUAAAGAUUGUCAAAGAUAUUCCAAGAGUCGAUGUCAAUUCUAACCAGGACGAGGACAGGAAAAUGUUAAAACCCAUAAUUCCCGAAGAUUUGAUCGAAAAAUGCAGACAGGAGGUUCAUGAGAUUUUGGAGGAUCACAGAAUUGGACCAGAGUUGCUUGUCCAGGAUUUUGAUCAGUUUAUUGAUUUGAUUAAUGGAAAUGUUCAGGAACAGAUGAAGGAGUUUUUUGCAACAGAACAUCCGUUUGAAGAAUAUUGCGAGUUGAUUGAGAAAUUUCAGAGCACAUCCUAUAAAAUACCAGUCGAAGUGGAGCAUGUGGUCACCAUUGGUUUGUACGAGAUGCACAGAGAAGAUCUGGUGCAAUCCUUAACAAAUGCUGCUGUUAAAAAUAAGGAUGAUUUGAUCAAUUGGAUUAUUACGGAUUAUCAAAAUAUGAUGAGAGCUUUAUCGGAAGAGUACCAAUCAAUGUCCUCAAGUGCUUUGGCAAUACCCGAAGAUACUGCCCAAUUGAUGGCAGCAACUGAAUUUGUACGUCAGGCUGAAGGCAGCACAUUGGCAGUCAUGCAGGACAGGUUGCGUCAGGUUGUUCGGAGACUGCUCUUUCUAUCGGAUCAUCAUGCUUUGACACAGCAGGAAAUUAAGCAGAACACUGAGGCAUUUCAAUGGUAUCUACGUAUGCCUUCAGUGUUUGAGGAGCAUCGUCAAAUGGCUGAUAUCAAAACUGCUGAAUUCCAAAGAGGAUUGAAGAACUUCAACGUCUGGAUGGCCUGCCUGGUAAACGCUUGCAGAAACUGGGGCGACGUCUCGCAAUUGAAAAAAUACAGAAAACGUGCCACAACAUUGGACCAAAGGUUGAUUUUAGCAAUGGAGACCAUAAAGCAGUUCAACACCGAAGAGACAUCCUUCGGGUACGAGUUGUCCAGUUAUCCACUUCAGCAAGAGAUUCACGAAAGGUUGAGGCCGUUUAAGAAUCUUUAUGAUAACUGUGGAGAUUUUUUGGAUAAAUACGAUCAUUGGAUGAAGGCCAAGAUUGGUGUGUUUCCACCGGAGGAGAUUCAGACGGAAGUUGAGGGUUAUUUUAAGACUGUUAUGGCUUUGGAAGAGAACUUUGCUGGGAAGCAUCCUGUUACUAAGGAUUUAGCAGCUGAGAUUCGUCAGCGAAUUUCCGAAUUCCGAGACCACAUGCCAAUAGUCCAAACUUUGGGCAACCAGGGCAUGAAGCCGAGACAUUGGGAACAAGUUGGUGAAAUUGUUGGCUUUCCAAUCAAAGCUGCUGAAGGAGAAUUGACUUUGGAGAAAGUCAUAGAUUAUGGGUAA